CCAGUCGCGAUUUUACGGUCGGUUCGUGACGGUCGUUUACAACGUCUAUUCAAGCGAUAUUCGUACCCGUUGCAUAUUGUACACUUUGUUCAAUCAAAAGAUAAUCUUUAUUAAAACACAAUUGAUUUUUAAACAAAUUUAAGACAUUUAGAUAAAUUCUAUUAAAUUGUAUUUGGAGUAAAUUGAGAUGAAAAAGUGUGUUGUUUUGGAUGCGAAUUUUGGAAAUUUAUUCACUAGGUGAUCUUCUUUGUGUGUAUCACAAUUGCAUCCAUCAUCGUCCCAAUAAUAUGAUGAUGAACCGUAAGAAAUAUUAAGUGGAGAAGAUUGAGAGAGCGAAAAAUAAAAUCGACGAGAUGGGAAAUUCCGUGUAUUGUGAACACGCGAUGUGAACGAAAGUAAAAUGGAGAGCGGGGCACAGCCUGGCUCUUUGGUACCGCCGCGUACCAACAUAACGCUGGGUACAAUCCCGGGAUUAAACGUUCCAGAUGAACCAACGGUACAAAGAUGUACACCGCCUGCGGGAAUUGAUGAUAACAUCGCUGUAGCGGCUGUUUGGUCGGUUUAUAUAGUUUUUGGACUACUCUACACAUUUUUUGGAUAUCGAUGUUUUAAAACAGUUAUGUUCCUUACUGGAUUUAUUUUUGCAUCUUGUAUAGUUUAUAUGAUAUGUUUACAAGGAGUUUUGAUGCCACCUUACGGAAAUGCAGGUGUAGCUCUUUUCGCUGGUGUUCUUUUCGGUUUAAUAACAACUUUAGUUCAAUACGUCGGGCUUUUUAUGGCCGGAUUACACACCGGAGUUUUAGCAGCCGUUGCUGCGUUGACAAUCGCGGAUCACGUCGUAGAAACCACCCCUAACGGUCAAGUUUGGCUUUGCGUGGGAAUUCUACUAUCUAGCGCUUUGUUAUUUGCCAUUUUAAACCUAUACUUUAGAAAAGGUUUGACAAUAUUGGGAACAAGCGCCUAUGGCGGAGCCAUUUUAACCGCUUCAAUCGAUUAUUUCAUUGAAAGAUUAGCGAUGGUUUAUUGGAUUUUGGAUCGGAUAUCGUUAAAACCCGUCGUCCCCCCACCUUGUUGGUUUUCUUGGUUCGUUUUUGCCGCCUGGCCUUCGUUUGUGCUGGCGGGGUUGGUUAUACAAUGUGCUAUAACCGGAAGGGGGACACAUCAUGCUGAUAUGGCAGCUGGAAGGAAAAAACCGCGACCGAACGGAAAUGGUCGAACGAGAAUUGAUCGGGCGGAAAUGCGACAGAAAAAGUACAGGUACUUGUAUCAAGUACGAACAGCUCACGGUGAUGUUAUCAGCCAGAAUUUUGUGCAAGCUUUGCAAAAAAAAGAUUCUGAACCGAGUACAGGCGAAUGUAGUACAUUACAAUCGGAUGCAACGCACUUAACAAUUUUGCCGGAUGCACAAUUGGCGGCGUUAACGGAGAGCGAAGACGAUAGCCAUACGGAAAUUCAAACGCAGCGAUGAAGAAUUCGUUACGCUCAUUUAAAAUUUUUUUUUUGUGAAAAUUUAAUCGCGGGCCGCCACUUUUUGUAGUGACAAUAAAUAGGAACCGGAGCGAUUGUCGAAAGCAUUGUGAUCAAAAAGAAAAUAUAUACAAAAAAAAAUACAAGACACAAGAAAACUACACAAAAAAAUGAGUUACACAAGAAGCGCACGGAAUCUAUUUCUGUGACGGUGUUUUUUUGUCUUCUAGUCUUAUACUACGUACUGCGUUAUUCUGUAAAUUUUAAGGAGCUUAUUGUUAUUACUCUUAACUCUUUACCUACUAAACACCAGCCGCCGACGAAGUAUUGUUUGUUCGAGACGAUGUGAUGUGUUUUUUAAUAUAUUGAUUCAAGAUUAUUAUCUAAAUGUAUUGUAAUGUUUAAAUACGUUUCAAACGCUGUUUUUAAAAACGAAAAAGUUAUUGUUCAUCCCAGGUUGUAACUAUAUUUAAAAAAAAGCAGAUUUUAAAGAAAAAACGAAACAAUAGGUGAAUAUUUAUAAGCUACAGUUGAUGAAGAAUUCACAUGGCAACGAUUUACUAUAAUGAUAGUUUUUUUGGAAAGGAACACUGCCAAUUCUCGAUGAGUAGUUUUUAGUUUGGAUUUAGGUGCCAAGUCAAAGUGCACAUUUCUCAAUUUUUGAAAUACUUCUAUUAUUACAUUAUUAUUAAUUAAGUAAUUAGUUAUGCAAUCGAAAUUAAGAAAAAAGAUUGUUAAAAGAAAAUAAUUUAUUACUAUAAAUCUGUUGUUUAUUUAUCUAAAUUAUGCACAUAUCAUGUUAAGUAGUUUUAUUUAAAAUUCCAAAGAUGAUACAAGUUUACAAUCUUUAUAUAAAGCAUUUUCGAAUUUAUUUAAAACUUUCUUUGGAAGUACUCCAAUUAUUAAUUUUCACAUGUAAAUCUUUGUGAUCGAAUUGGAAUUUUUAAAUUUCUAGAAAGGUGAUUUUCUUUCCCGCUCUACGAAAUAGUGCCUUUGGCUAAAAAUUAUUUUUCUGUCGGAUCGAUUACUAAAAAAAAAUUUAACGGUAUAAUCAAAAAAGAAUUAUCUAUUAAACCAAUCUUAUUCUCUAUAUAAUCUUAUGACCACGUACCAAGACAUAAAAUAAUAACGGAAAAAAUUGGGUACGCGUUAUUAUCUUCGAGUCCUUUUGAAAAGUAACAAACAAAAUAAAAAGAAAAGGAAAAGAAACUUGCAAAAAAGAGUGUGAUAUAUAAAAAUCUCUGUACAUAUAGGUCCUAUUCUGAAAUUAAAAAGAAAAUAAAAAAAACUAUAUAAAUAUAUAAAUGUGAAUCUGAAUAUAAAACAAUGACGAUAGUUUUAUAUGGAUUAUUUUUUUCGUUCGGUUUUAGGAAUCGACUCGUAUAAUUAAAUAUCUGGAGAGUAAAUAUAUACAUAUAUUAUACAUUAGUAAAGGUGGCAUUGACAAUUUUGAAAUUGUGUGUACAAUAACUCCAAAUAUUUAAAUAUAACCUCGAUAAUUUUAGCACAAUCGCCUUUGAAACAUACGAGGUGUUGGUGAUAUAAAAAAUAUAAACUAGUCAUUCCACAUUUCUCUUUAUAAAUAGUUAAUUUUGAUUACUUUUUUCGUUUUUUGAUUCGUAUUAGAUCCGAUUUUUCACUUACACCUUGUAUUAUUGUGCAGCGAAGUGUUGUAACAACAUGAGAACGCUAAAGGAUUGAACACUCAUCGAUGAUAUUUGUAGCCACAUAGUUUGUGUAAAUAAAUAAAUUUAAAAAAAACGGAUAA